ACAACUCUUAUUAUUGGCUGCUCUUAUUCGGGAACUCUGAGCCGACCCCAUUCCAAGCUCAUCAAAGGUGCGAUUUUCUCAAGUCCAGGGGUUCGCAGAUUGCCAUCGGUCUUAAGAAAAAAAAUCGAAAUUUAAAACUCACCUUUCAACUUAGACCUUUGUCCACCCCGUCACCGCUACAUGGACCUAUAGUUCUCCAAAACUCAACCAUCACACAGCUAUCUCUGUGGCCUAGAUAACAACCAUCUGUGCGAGUUUGACAUCUUCAACAUUUCCUGCUAGAGUGGGAUUCGGCGCCACUAUGGAAGCUUUCAAAAACGCCACCAUCGCGGCGGGGGCUACCGCCCUGAACAGUAGCCACGGCUAUUUCGAUGUUUUCGAAGAGGUCUCAAAGUACCAUGUUCAACUCAGCGUCUUGGAGCGCCUUUGGGCUGCGUGGUAUUUGUGGUGGCAGAAUGAUACUCUUGCCACAGGCAUAAUGAGCUUCGCCAUGCACGAGAUUGUUUACUUCGGCCGGUCCCUCCCCUGGAUUAUCAUCGACGCCAUACCAUACUUCAGGCAAUGGAAGAUUCAAAACCAAAAGAUCCCGACGGCCAAGGAACAAUGGGACUGCACGAUGCUCGUCCUGCUCGGCCACUUUACCGUCGAACUGCCCCAGAUUUGGGUCUUCCACCCCCUGGCUACAUACUUUGGUCUCGACCACGGCGUCCCCUUCCCUCCGGCUUGGAAGAUCGCCAUGCAGAUUGCCAUUUUCUUUGUUAUUGAAGACCUGUGGCACUACCUUUUCCACCGCGCGCUCCAUUACGGUCCUCUAUACAAGAACAUCCACAAGUUACACCACACCUAUUCAGCACCCUUUGGUCUCGCCGCCGAAUACGCCUCUCCAAUUGAAGUAAUGCUUCUGGGGUUUGGUGUUGUCGGAACUCCAAUAGUGUGGACAUCCAUCACGGGUGACCUGCACCUUUUCACCAUGUAUCUGUGGAUUGUUCUCCGUCUCUUCCAAGCCAUUGACGCUCACAGUGGUUACGAUUUCCCUUGGAGCUUGCGCAAGUUCUUGCCCUUCUGGGGAGGUGCCGAUUUCCAUGAUUUGCACCACGAGCGCUUCAUCGGCAACUACGCAUCCAGCUUCAGGUGGUGGGACUGGGUUUUCGACACUGAGGCUGGCGAUGAGCCCGCAAGGAAGAGGAGAGAGAAAAAGCUUGCGGCCCUCAAGGCUAAGAAGGCCCAGUAAUUGGCAAUUCUGUUGCCGAAACUUCCUACUGGACGGUCUAGUCGUGGUAUUGUGUUACCAGAGCGCUUAGUAACCACCCCGACCUGCUGUGCCCCUUCCCAACUUUCUUUCUUUUCUUUCUGGUAAAAGGAAAAAGCGGUAAUCGUCCCCAUUUCUGAUUUAUAGGUGAAUAGACUUGGAAGAACUGGCUAGGUCGUGGUGCUCGGAGAGGUUUGUUAUUUGUUAUUUUCAGCAGUACAUAUUGGGUGGCGUCUUAAGCGCAUUGCUCACGGCAAAGUAUGUUUUUGUAAUAAUACACUGAUAUU